GUUUCAUUGUACAGUUGGGAGAAAGUGGACCAGCCGAAUAGGCAUUAUUGUAUUUCUAUUAUACAUGUAUAAUCUUUUCCCAGUGUUUUCAGUUUUUCGUUUCUUCUACUCUUGAUAGUGUUUGAACUACCAAUCGCGCGCUGCCUAGGUGUGUUUUCUUUGUUCGAAGCGGCGGUUCGAAGGGAAAGGAAGCUUGUUUUCCGACGUUUGCCGAGACUGCUGCUGGCGGCGCUGCUCUUCGUUCGUUGCCGCUCAGUAACGGGCAGCCCGUCGCGUUCGGCGCACAUCAUUUGCUCCGAAUCUGGUCGAAAUCUGGAGAAGAGACGCGCAGCAGACGGCGUAUGAGCCACUGCAGUGGGCAGUGUAUUAGACACCUGUCCAGAUACAGCCAUGAAUGGUUUCAGUACUGAAGAGGACAGCCACGACGGGCCUCCUGCACCACCUUUUUAUGGCCAGACCUGCUGCUUAAUUGACGAUGGUGAGCGCUGCGGGCGGCCGGCUGGGAACGCCUCUUUCAGCAAGCGUAUCCAGAAAAGCAUCUCUCAGAAAAAACUCAAACUGGACAUUGACAAAAGCGUGCGACAUUUGUACAUCUGCGACUUUCACAAGAAUUUCAUCCAGAGUGUCCGCAACAAACGGAAGAGGAAGGCCAGCGAUGAUGGUGGGGAGUCCCCGGAUCAUGACGUAGAAAUUCCUGAGGUUGACUUGUUUCAGCUCCAGGUGAAUACUCUGAGACGCUAUAAAAGGCACUACAAGCUCCAGACCAGACCGGGACUGAACAAAGCACAGCUGGCUGAGACUGUCAGUCGCCACUUCCGCAACAUCCCAGUGAAUGAGAAGGAAACACUGACUUAUUUCAUUUACAUGGUAAAGAGCAACAAAAGCCGGCUUGACCAGAAGUCAGAAGGCAGCAAACAGCUGGAAUAAGGCUGUACGACUAAGUAUGGACUCGUGAGCAUGAAGAUAAAUACUUUCAGUUAAAUACAACUUGAUUGUACAUUCAGCAUGAUAACAAGAAUACUAUGACAAAAAUUCAAGCAACAAUUUUUGGGAAGGAUUGUGUUUCCCCACCCAAUAUAAAUUGUUGACUUUGAGAUUGUAAAAUAUAUACCAUAUGAGUUUAUCACUUUUUACCAAUUGACUACUUCAGUAUAUAUUGUAACCCUCUUUCUUAAAAAGGCAACAUUUCCAUAGGCAGUGGUAAUUCAUUACUAUUCAUUACUAAUACAGACAAGGUGUACAUGUAGUUGUGUUCAUUGUUCAAUGUCAGUUAUUUUCUGAAGCCUAGUUUUUUUUGUAUUAUAAAUGUCUUGUUAAUGCUAGUAAUAUUUUAGUGGUGAAUUUCCGUGAACAUGACUACAACCAGGUGUUCUUACGCGAGUUAAAAUUGUCAGUAGUUAUUAAUAUGGUCAGUAUUUCCGCUACUCUUUUAAAAUAUAAAUGUGUAAUAUUCCAUCCCUCAUUGUGUAUAAUUUGUUGUACAAUACAGAUUAACUACUUGUUGUUGAUGUCUUGGUUGGAGAAAGGUUUUUUUAAUAAUGUACUUUUUCAGAAGCAAUAUAAUACAGUGGUAUUUUUAUGUCACUUUGUGGCAUGUAGAAAUGUCAGACUUUUGAAGCAAUUGAAGUGCCUAGAAUUAAAGUCCUAAAUCAAAAUUUUAACCACACUAAUCAGGUUUUGAGAUUGCAGCGUCACGAGUUGGAACACCCCUGCUUUCUCCAGAAGUAUUAAAAGUAUUAAAAUUUCUUUAUUGAGUAUGUGUAAUCCAUUAUGUCUUCAUUUAAUGUUUUGCCUCAAAUUGUCUACGAUGUGCACUUUUAAAUUUUAUAAUGCAUAAGAGAAAUAUUUUUAAUUCAUAUGGUAAAUUUUUACAUUGUCUACACUUGUGGAUAGUAGAUUUUAUGGAUAGAUUCUGUUAACUGGCUAAUUCAAAGUGAAAUAAGAUUACAGAUGCAUUUUAGGGCAGGACACGUGCAUAUUUUAGAUGACAGGUUUUAAAAUGGAACUUUUCUGAGAUUAUGUGAGAACUACUAAAUUGUAAUAUUAUCAUUGGCUGUAUCCCUGGCUAAAAUAAUUGCCACUGAUACUUUUUUUAAAUAUGCAUUUUCAACAAAUUUCCAUAGUUACAGUAAAUUGUAGCACAUGUAGCACUUGCUUUUGGUUUCAUUUAAUGUUACUUCCGUAGGGGUUCUGUACUAAUACUUCACCUGUGUGCUGAAGUUUCUGAAAUUCUUUUUAAAUGUGAAAAUACAGUCAAUGCUCUAAAAUGUGCUGUAGCUUUGUUACAUAGUUGACUCCAUAUUCAGAAAGAAUGUCUUCAAGAUGGUGUCAUCCAAUUACUGAUACACCAUAUUAAUGUGUAGAAAUACAGUCCCAUUAUAGACUAAAGGGUAACACAAAUUAUUUCCUUCUGUUGGAUAAUUGGCUAGAUCGAUAUGCCUAAAUGAGCUGAAAUGAAAUGUAGCAUCUUAUCAAAUGUAAACCGUGCAUGUGGUGUUUUCUAAUUAAUGGCUGUUCUAGAUUAGACAUAAUUCUGUUGUUUUAUAUAGACUCACAGGGCUAGCUUUUGCUCUUAAUAAACAUC